AUGCAGCUUCACUCAGCGCUCGUCGCGCUUGGCGCGACCGUCGUCGCGGCCGUGCAGCCAUUGGAGGUCAAGGGACGGGACUUUAUCAACCCCACGACCGGCAACCGCUUCCAGAUUGUUGGUGUCGCCUAUCAGCCGGGUGGUUCUGCGGGCUACGACAAGGAGGCCGGCCGCGACCCUCUCAGCGACCCGGAUAUCUGCAUGCGUGAUGCCGCCCUGCUGCAGAUUCUUGGCGUCAACACCAUCCGCGUCUACAAUGUGAACCCGGACGUCAACCACGACAAGUGUGCUAGCAUCUUCAACGCCGCCGGCAUGUAUAUGGUUCUCGACGUCAACUCGCCCCUUGUCGGCGACUCCCUGACCAGCUGGAACCCCUGGGAGUCGUACUAUGCCGCCUACCUCAACCGCACUUUUGCCGUUGUCGAAGCCUUCAAGGACUACCCCAACACCCUGGCCUUCUUUUCCGGCAACGAGGUCCUCAACAACGAGGAUACCGGCGCCACUGUUCCCCCCUACAUGCGCGCCGUCACUCGCGACAUCAAGAACUACGUCAAGAAGCACGUUAAGCGCCCCAUCCCGGUCGGCUACUCCGCCGCCGAUGUUCGCUCCAUCCUGUUCGACACGUACAACUACUUCCAGUGCUCCCUCGAUGGCGAUGACGGUGAUAUGAGCAUGGGCGACAUCUUCGCCCUCAACAGCUACAGCUGGUGCGGCGAGAGCAGCUUCGAGAAGGCCAAGUAUGACCAGCUGGUCAGCGGCCUCAAGGGCGCCACCGUGCCUGUCUUCUUCUCCGAGUACGGUUGCAACACACCCUCCCCGCGUGUCUUCACCGAGGUCGGCACCAUCUAUAGCUCCAAGAUGUCCGACGUCUUCUCCGGCGGCGUCGUCUACGAGUACACGCAGGAGGACAACAACUACGGCCUGGUCGACAUGAAGACCGACGGCUCCGCGAAGCUCAGGAGCGACUUCGUCUCCCUCAAGAACCAGUACAGCAAGCUUGACUUUGCCGAGAUCCAAGGCCAGAAGCCUGCCACGACCUCCAACGGCAAGCCCCCCGCCUGCGAGACCAAGCUCAUCACCACCAAGGGCUUCAACUCCAACUUCACCCUCCCCGUCCUGCCCCCCGGAGCCCAGGAGAUCAUCGACAACGGUGUCAAGCCCACCCCCAAGGGCAAGCUCGUCAAGAUCACCGACUGGAAGGUCAAGUACACCGUCAAGAACCCCGACGGCUCUACCAUCACCAACUUGUCCGUCAAGCCGCUGGCGGAUGACGACAUCAACAGCCCCGGCUCCAACACCGACUCCGGCACCGACACCAGCACCGCCGGCACCCAGACGUCUGAUGCCAGCACCGAUGGCACCAAGACCGAUGCGCCCACCCCCAGCGACAACGCUGCCGCCGGGUCCGUCGCUGCCGUCCUGCCCGCUGCCGUUCUGGGCGCCUUUGCCGUCCUGGCUGCCCUCUAA